AUGGAGCGAGUGGUCUGUGUAUCUCAUGCCAGAGUCCCUAUCGUGAAGAUUUGGGACCCGCAAUUAAAGAUGGCCUGUGACAUGAAUGUCAACAACACACUAGCUCUAGAAAACACACGCAUGAUCCGGACCUACGUGGACAUUGAUGAGAGAGUCCGGCCAUUGGCCAUGAUCAUCAAACAUUGGACGAAGCGACGUGUCCUCAAUGAUGCUGCACUCGGUGGUACAUUGAGCUCUUACACCUGGAUAUGCUUGAUUAUCAAUUUUCUCCAGACUCGCGAUCCACCUAUCCUACCGAGCCUUCAGCAGCAACCGCAUAAAGCUCAGAAAGUGAUAGAUGGCGUUCAAGUCUCGUUUGAUGACGACCUCGAAUCUUUACGGGGAUAUGGCCAUACCAAUAAGCAAACACUUGGGGAACUGCUUUUUGAAUUCUUCAGGUAUUACGGUCAUGAGGUGAAUUAUGAGAAGCAUGUUGUCUCCGUUCGUGAAGGGAAAUUGAUUUCCAAGGAGGAUAAGGGUUGGCAUCUUCUGCAGAACAAUCGAUUAUGUGUGGAAGAGCCGUUCAAUACAACUCGAAAUUUGGGAAACACGGCAGAUGACACCUCAUUUCGCGGUCUACAUACGGAAUUACGCAGGGCAUUUCAAGCCAUCGGUACUGCUGAUCUGGAGAAAUGUUGUGAACAAUUCGUCUUUCCACCUGAAGAAGAACGUAUUUUCGAGCGACCGACCCCUCAACCUCGCCCAAUCAUUGCUCCAAUACUCCCUACCCAACCGUCUAGCCGCGGUGGCCGCGGCGGUGGCCGUGGUGCGAGACAUUCAAAUAACUACGGCCGUGGUGGGAAUAAUUCAUCACGUCGUUCUUCCAGUGCGACAAAUCGCAGCACAAAUGGCAACGGUUACCGGUCUAACAAUCUCCCACUAUCUCCAGACAUAGGUAACAUGCAUGCUCAACAGGCGCAGUUUUUCCUUCAUGAUCAACUAUUUCAACAGAUACAGUUUCUACAGGCCCAGGAGCAGGAGCUGCGAAUACAGUUGCAUAAUCAAUCACUGUUAACCGGUCGACCCCCACCAGUGCUAAUUCGCCAACCUUUGAUCCAGUUCUCUUUCCCACAGCAAGAUGUCAGCACGGAUGAUAGCUCUCGAGCUCGGGCAGGAACCGUCAAUCAUCCACCAAUGACCCCAUUGCGUCCUGGGAUGUUUUACGCUCCAACCUACGUACAAGUUGCCCCAGCAGCCGCACAAGGAAGCAAUACCAAUCCUCCAUCUCCAUCACUUGCUCAUGCCGUUCCUGAUCUUCGCCGCAAUCCUCGUCGGUCUUCUGUCGCGAAUGGCUCACCGAGUGGAUCUUUACGCUCCCAUUCGCAGCCCGCAAGGUCCAUGCACUCUCCGGUUAUGCAAGGGUUGGCUCCAUUGCACUCCUCAAUACCUAGUGAUGCCUCUCGCAGUUCAAGAGAUCGAGCGCCGCCGGGCUCUCCAGGUCGGACUGAUACCGAAACCUCGAGCCUCAAUUCCCUUUCGGCAACGACAGUGACUACUCCCACGUUCUUUGAUGAACAUCGACCCGCGGAGUUUGGUGGCUAUUAUGUAAUGCCACAUACUUAUCAUCCCGGCUACAUGGCGAUGUCUCUCCCCACAACAGCGUAUCUUCAGACCGCGGAUUAUCGUACAGGUAUGCCUGUGUAUAGUGAUCCGUUUGGUACUGCAGCAGACACUAGCUUUACACCGAGUGCGCAACCCGUGUCACCACGUGGAUACUCGGUGCCUGCGCAGACACAACGCGAUCGCGGUGGGCCUCUGAUCAUCGAUGGGUCCGUUCCACCUCAGGAGUCCAAAGCAUCUUCUCGUGAUGAUUACUCAGAUCGAUAUGUUAGUCCUUCUGGAAUGAGUGACACUGUAGUCGGCUGGGAAGUACCAUCUGAGAAGGCAGAUGUGUUUGUCAAUGGUGUUCAGGACAAUACUUUCGAGAUGGAUCCAUUCUCAAUGACCAAAGAGCAGGAUUGCCAAACUCCGAUUACGAAAGACGCAGACUCGAAUCUUAAAGAACGUUUCCAGGGACUACACAUUGCUAAUGUCAAUCAUUCCGAACCACUCAAGUCGUUUUCGGAACGAAAGGGUGGGAAGCCAGGGUAUGUCAAUGGAGAGUUUUCGCCAUCUAGACAUUCUCACCAACAACGCCAUCAAGGAAAAUCAAGUGACAAGUCGUCGUCAACAGGGAAUCACACUGGCAAUAAAGAUACGCUUUCGUCUUCACCUACACACCGAAAUCGUCCAAAUGGUGCGGACUCGGAUAAGCCGAACGGGGUCAGUCAUAACCAUAACCACAAGCCCAAACCGAAAGCCUCGCAGGAUACGCAUGCAGGCUCACAUUUGUCCUCGUUGAAUCGGAAGGACGCUCAACCAGCUUCGCUGCCUCGGAAACCUGACGGGUUACCACCCCUAAACGGCGGCCGGGAUCAUAACCACUCUAAUGGAGGGUGGCAGACCACCAAAAAGAAGCAUCGGCGCAACGUGAAAUCAGUGGCGGAGCCUCAACACCAUGCGCACUCGGAGCCUCUACCGGUGGACGAAUCUCUUCGGAAGGGCGGUUGA